GAGCAGAAUUUGUUUGCUCGAUAUUUGCUUGCCAACUCUGUCUGUCGAUUUACAUUUUAAUUAUGAUCACGUUUCGUGAUUUCAUGGCGCACAUGACGGAUAAGCAUUCUGUUUCGAUUAAUUCCGUUAAUAGGUGCUCUCGCUGAGACCAACAUUCGAAAGAAAGAAUCACCUUGGGACGUAGAAUUACAUUUGGCAGCGGCACGUGGCGAUGCGAAGCGUCUUCGAGUUCUCCUCGAUUCUGGUCGCGUCCAUGUCGAUUGCAAAGAUAAGAUCGCAGGUAAUAAUUAUCAGCAAGUCAGAAUAUCUUUGCAUAACAUUAACGAGCUUGGUAAUAACACAAAUUAAGUCUUACCAGCAAAUCCUACAAAUUCUAAGUUAUCUGUAUUAUCUUAUUACACGAAGGAUUAUAAAAUUGUAAAAGAAGAAAACUAUAAUCCAUUAAUUUGUAAUUUGUCAAUUUGCUAAUAUUAUUAUAUAAUGAGUUUAUUGCGCAAGAGAGGAAAGCUAUAUUCGUUCUCAUUGACGUAUCUACGAAAUCAUCGACAUCGAACCAAUAGACACCAUAGGAAAUCAGUUACCGGGAGACGAUCUGUCGUUUCAUUAUGCAAAUAACUACGCAUCGUUGAAAGGGCGAAUUCAAAUAACGUUAUUCCUAGUUUGAAAAGUGGCUUAUUGGAUUACGCACGGAUAUUCGUUCCACUUUGGCAGACGAUCAAAUUUAACCCGCUAUAUUCGGGGGAAUUUGGAAUUUGAUCAAGAGAAGUAACAGUUUUAACGUUAACCUUCUUUUAAAUGUCAUGGCGUCGUUUCCGUUUGCCCACCAUCAUUUAAAGGAUAUCUUAAGUCAUUUUUCUUUACUAAUUUGCAGACGAUCGGUUAAAUUAAUCGCGUCAUUAAGGAUCGGCAUUCUCGAUUGGUCGUUACAUCAAUUGAGGAACCUUACUAACAAUCGCCGCGUUAUUGCACUAAAUUACUGAUGCAGCGACGACGCGUGAUUCGACACACCGGAAAUAUAUAAAAGAAGUGCAGAAAGUAGAGACAGUUUGAAACAAGCGUAAGAUACUGAAGGAGUUACACGACAGAUUUACGACGCUUAAUUGCCUGUUUAAUGAUACUGGAUGGAACGACUCCUUUAAUAUUGGCCGCCGCCGGAGGCCACAUCGAAGCGGUCACCGAAUUGCUGCAACAAGGGGCGGAUCCUAAUGCCAGACGGCUGACGGGUACCACGGCGUUGUUCUUCGCCGCUCAAGGUGGCUACAUGGACAUCGCCAGCCUUUUGUUGGAGCACGGUUCCAUUGUCGACUCUUGCAGCAUAGACGGCGGUACCCCACUUUUUGUCGCGUGCCAGUGCGGUCACCUAGAUGUUGUUGAGGGACUGAUUGAAAGAGGCGCCAAUCCGAACGCUUACAUGAAGGAUGGGGCCACGGCAUUAUUCAUUGCCGCUCAAAAUGGCCACUUACGUAUCCUAGAGGUUCUUCUGGAGCAUGGGGCAAAAACGGACGCGGCAAGAACCGAUGGUGCCACGCCUUUAUGGAUAGGAGCGCAAAUGGGACACGAUCACGUUGUGAGGAGGCUUUUGAAAGCUGGUGCGAAGGUCGAUGCCACCAGACACGAUGGCGCGACUCCGCUAUUCAAGGCGGCUCACAAGGGCCAUACCGCUGUUGUAGGCGAGCUACUCAAGUACCGUCCAUCUCUUGGUAUUCUUCCAAAUGGUGAAAGUGCACUGCAUGCAGCAGCAUUAACAGGACAAAUGACUGUUACAAGACAGCUGGUAGGUGCAGGAGCGGAUCCUUUACUCGUGAACCAAGAAGGUAUCACGCCGCUUCAAUUAGCUAUUAGGCAUUCACAGACACAGGUGGCCAACUAUCUAAAGGAUAAAGUUAGAACGCGAACGGGAACGUCUUAGCAAAAUACGCGUUUAUCACCUACGUGCUAAAAUAGAAAUUAAGGUGAAAGAACGAAGAGGGAAGGAUAUACAGACCAGUGAAAGAGAUCAGUAUUUCUAAAGAAAAUGUAAUAUAUAUACAUAUAAUGUAUAUAUAUACUUUAGACAUAAUUUGUAUACAAGAUGAUCAAGUGAUUACAUCUUUAUCGUAUUUCGCGUAGCGUUAAAUAAGAUUCAAAAAUAAGCGAGAUGUUGAUUUAUGCUACAGUCAUAAGACUGUGGUUUAAAACUCCAUCAUUUUCUUAAAAUUGUUUGUUCAGUGUGUAUAUAUAUUUGGAUAAAUAUAAAACACAUCCUGUAGUAUUUAAAAAUAGGUGAAAUAUAUUUUAAUGUAUUCUCUUGUUGUAAAUAUUUUACAACGUUGAAAAUUCUAAAAAACAAUCAUCGAUGUAGACGGCAUACAUCCCACAGAGUUAGUUUUACGCUAAAACUAUAUAUCUUGUUAAUACUGAACUUGUGGUUACAUAAACGUAAUAUAUAUAUAUAUGUACCUUUAAAUAAUACAAUCAUUUUGUUCUAAUUGAGGGUUCUAUAAGACUGAUUGAUUUGCCUUGAAAAAGAGAGUAAAAUUUGAUGAUUCUUUAGUACUAUGUCUAUUUCUUCUUGUUGAUUUAUUUAUAUAUUAUAUUAGUGUUAACGCGGUAUGCAC